CGUAGAAGUAGUGUUCCGUGUGCAAAAAAAAAGUAGCACUGGUAGAAUAAAACUGUCUGGGCUUGAGGUGCAGCAGAUCGCUUCAAAAAAUGGCUACACUAACGGCUGCGAAGUUUGCAGGGGCAGCUCUGCUAUUCGCGGGGCUCGCUGUAGGGCAAGAUGGUGAUGGGAAGUCCUAUUGCGACACGCAGAGCAUCACUGCGUGCUAUUGGUCCGUUGCCGACCAGCACGGAACGUUUCCACUUGCGCAAAAAGUUGUUCACAACAGCGAAAACUAUCUAGGAGACCUUUGCAAAAGCUAUCCAGACGGCUUCCCUGCGGAUAACCAUUGCAAGAAACAAAGUAACAGCAGCUGCACUGACGCCGAGAAAAAGAAAUUUACCCGGAUGGAACGAGGCUACGCUGUGCUUCGCGAAGAAAUUACGUCUGCAAACUGCCAGUCCGUGGCGCAACUUCGUGGGUGCAUCGACCUCGGCACCGUGCGCAACUGUGAUGCCAAACCGUACAUUGAAAACAAAACUUUCGAGGCCCAGUUGGAAACGCAGAAAAGGGCGGCGCUAAACGUGAAGGCCUGCCUCGAAGAGGCGGUGAAGUCCUGCGAUGCCAAGGAAAACGCCGUCGCAAUCGCACACCUGCAGAAGAUUGCUGACGCCAUUGUGGACCUCAGCUUGUUGUCCGAUGAGCGGAAUGCCGCUCACACAACGAAGGCUGCUGCAGCAGUCGUUGUAGUAUCCCUGCUGAGUUUGGUAGUUCGCAACUUCUAUUAGCACCUCUCGUGAGUAACGUCAUCACAGUCAUCAAUCGGAAUGUCCAUGUUCAUCGUAUCAGUCAAUAAACAGUUACAUGAAAAACGUAUUCGCA